AUGGAAGAUACAAUCAUACAGUAUGUGCAACGUUAUGGCAUAAUUCCACUUCAAAUGAAAACUGAUCUCAAAAUAGCCUUGCUCAGACAUGAUUACAAUGCUACCAUACUUCAAAGGAAAUAUGAACUGGAAAAUCCAAAUGAAUAUCGAGUUCAAGUAGCGCAACGGCUAUGUACAGCGAAACAUAAACUGGAACAAUCGAAACGUGAAUUAAUCGAGUUAAAACAGCAAGUAUUCUACUACAAAUUUCUUUCUGGACUCAAAGAUAUUGGCGCAUCGCCAUCGUUAUUGGCCGACUCGGCAACAACUUACAGUAUUGCCCAUAAACUCUUACUCGAGGAUAAACAUGAGAAAAUAUGUAAACGAGAGAAACUUUAUUCUCUCGUACCACAUGUGAUUCGAGCAGAAAUCAGGUAUCAUCAAGCAGACGAGAAAUCAACAUCGAAUACACUACAAUGCUAA